AUGGGAGUUGCAUCGAGAUGGGGAACAGGUACCAAAAGCCGCUGCUUCUCUAUGAUGGAAUGCAGUAUGGCCAUCUUCUUCCAGACGAGCCUUCGCGUGCCUUCGGCCAGGCCGGUGUCCUCCUACUUGAGGUGGAGGUAUUCUGCGACCAGAGGAGGUACCAAGCGCUUCGUGAUGUGGCUCAAUGACCGAGCCCGUUGUCAACCCUGCCACCUGUUUUGGAAGUUUGUCACCUUCGUCCUUCCGGCUGAUUAUCCGCUAAAGAUCGUGCGGACUGAUAAAUACCUGGAGUACUCUGAGAUUGUGGACGAUUUUCGCGCCAUGGUGGCCUUGCCACAUGGAAACGUGAUGCAGAUGAUGUUCUAUGAGGCUUCGAACAUGGGUCUACCAGUUCUCUUGCCCGACUUGCGCUUGAUGUCCCGGCAGCCGUACCUGUGGUGGUCGGAGCGGGUGGCUGGCAGUGGGCACAGUCCAGAGCACCUCCACAGCUUCGCAGACCCACCGCAGCCGCUGGGCGUCGUCGAGCGGCCUCACCCAGUGCCGUUCCUGGUCACGACGAUGGAGAGGGGUGCAGAGUACCUUAAGGCGCUUCUCUACUGGAUGCGGAUCCUGGAUUAUUUUCAUUGGGACUGGGCGCUUCACUUUGAAUCGGUACCUCAUAUGCUAGAGCUCCUGUUGCAAGAUGAGAAGCUCUACGCAUCAUCUUCAAAGUCCAGGGCCUUCAACCAGCGCGAAAAAGAACAAAGCCUCCACUUCUGGCGAGAUGGUCUUAGUCGACUCCUAGGAAUCACAGCUGAAUGA